AUGGCUAUCUCUGCCAGAUGGAAGCUUAACAACGCCGAGCACGAUCUCGACGUCACCAAGCAGACCGUGGAGAACGCAGAGAGUCGUGCGCGCCUCCAGAUAAAGACGAGCGCUUCGAGACUGCCACGUGGAAGUAAUCGACAAUAUGCACAAGCCCUACAUCGCCAGGCGGACGAGCUGUGCGAACGUCGUCUAUCACGAUAUCAUCAUGAAAACCCAAUUAACGCGAGAAUAAUUAAUGAAAAUUUAAAAAUUCAUCCGCGUAAAUUGCACAGUGGCGAGUACGAGUCGGCAUUGGUGUUAUAUCAUCGAGCAGCCACCGUGUGUCCGCAUGAUAGCAGUCACGGUGUGGCAGCACGACGUACCGCGGCCACGAUAAGCUCGUGGAAUAAUCCGGAAAAAAGUUCGACGAGUACGAGGGAUGAUGCGAUUUCGAGGGUGACUCCGAGUUACGAAAGUACAGCGCUCAAAGCACGCGAUGCUUCGAGGUCUUCCGACGCUCUAUCAAUCAUCCCUGAUAUCCUUAAAAACUUGUUGAAUAUUAUUAAGUAUUUCGAUGCCUCGAUCAAAGGUUCCUUUCCCUUUCUUUUCAGAUAUCUCGAUAGUCACAAGAGGACUUCCAACAAAAUUUCUUUCGAUCUGAGAUCAUUGACCGCAAGGUUAACCCGAUCCAAGACGAUGUUGAAACGUAUUAAUAAUCAUGCGGACGCCAUACUGAAGAAUUUGAAAGCUAAUUUCAAUGCUGGCAAGAUGAAGACUUCCCUGAAACUCGCCGAGGAUCUGCUGAUGUUACCCUCCGACUUGGGUGAUUCUCGACGGCACAGAAUACCGGCUUACCGAUACUUGUCCCUGAUCCACACGGCCUUAGGAAGGCACGAUCGAGCGUGCAGCAACGUCGCCAUGAUGGUACGACUGUCGAAGGAGAGUAACGACGUCGUCCUCUUGUCGCACGCCCUUGUGAUUCUGGGCAGGGUGCAUCUCAGCUUCGGCCAUUUGGAAGCCGCGGCACGCGCCCUGGAAAAUCUGUCGAUUCACGUCGAGCACCCGGUGCCGCGAGCCUGGGUGCACCACGAGAUUGGACGCUGCCAUUUGGAAAUGGGGAAGUACGUCAAGGGGUUGCGCAAGGCGACGCAGUGUCGGGAAUGCGCGGAGGAGGCGAACUCGAAGAAGUGGACCUUCCGCGCCGGCCUGCUACGGGCGCAGUGCCUGGUGAUGCUGGGUCGUUUCGCCGGUGAUGACUCUAUUUCUCAAACUGUCGUUCCGAGUCUUUCCAAGAGCAUCCUUUUCUUCUUCUUGGCCCACUUUCUUAGCCGAACGAAGUCUUCCGCACGAACAAAAUUGUAACGCGUCGCUGCCGGAGAUAUCGCGUCUCUUUCUUUCUCUCGUCGGAAUUUCAGCGAAGUUUUCAAAACCUAACUUUUGACAUUUUUUUCCCCAGGGUGAUAAUAUCGCAUUGCGGCUCCUCGCCACCCUCGCUCGAAAAAAUAACGCACAACUUUCCGCACAGCGUUACGUGUUAUCUAAACUGCCCGAAAAAACAUAUCUAGAAUGUCUGGUCGUAUCAAAACGUUGUGCCGACCGAGAUACAAGAAAGAAAAGAGGAAAGGAAAGAGGAGUGAAAAAUGUAACACUUUUCUCUGACGUAUACGUUGACGUUUUUACCACGGAGAAUUUUCAUUUUACUGUGUGUCCGUGAAAAAGUGUCAAAAUGUAGACUACGACACAACAUCUACAAACAACUAGAUACGAAGAAGAAAAAAUUAUGAUGAAAAAUGCAAAAUGUAGCUAUCUCAGAAAUGGGAUUAAAGUGAUAUACCCUGGAAUUUUCGAAAAUUAAAAUUAAUUAAAUUCAAUAUAUUGCAAAUGCAUAUUUAUAUUUGAUAUAUUUAGUCGAAUAUUACUUCUCUGAAAUUACGUCGCAAUUUAAUAAAAAUUUAAUUUAUAUUCGCUCAUUGUUUGUAUAUGGAUGAAAUAUUCAAGGGAAAUUGGAAAAAAAAA